UGUCACCGUCAAAUCACCUUUCCUUUUCUGUCAAGAUAACGGCACCCACACUGAAUCCCUGUCAUUCUUCAAUCUCUCCGAAACACCUUAAACGCGUUACAUACACGCACAAAUUCGCCAUUUUUGUGGCAUAAAGUUCAAUUGCUGACCUUUUGGGAAUCUUCUCCUUCUCACCCGAUCCUGUUAUUCUCUGUGAUCUUCUUUUUCUUAAAAAUUAUGAGUAUAUUUCACGAUUCAACGAAUUGAUAUCGUCUUCUGCAUGUGAUCAAAGUUUGUGUAAGCUUGUUUCCUUUAAUAGUGUAUUGAAUUUGGGUAAAAUUCAGGACCUUGGACAGACCCUCUUGACUCUUGAUUUAUUGGUUGGGUUUGAUCAGUUUGUUAUGUUAGUGUACACCAAAGAACAAGAAUAGUGCAACCUGGUAGUGUAUACUAAUGGAAAAUUAUAACAAUUCUUCAUAUUCAUACCCAUAUAACACUGGUUAUGGGUACUCUCCACCCCCUUCAAAUCAACCAUACCCCCCUCCCAGUUCUGGUGCAUAUCCUCCACCAGGUUCUGGUGCAUACCCUCCACCAGGUUCUGGUGCAUACCCAUAUCCUCAACAAUCCCCUCAAUAUCCUCCCCCUUACAGCACUCAACAUUCUGGUCAUUAUAACUAUCACUCCUAUCCACCACCUCCAUCAGCUCCAUCAGCACCUCCAGUACCCACUCUCCAUCACUCCAACUCUUUAGACUAUGGUUACCCUUCGCCAUCACAUUCACAUGGUGCUUCUCCUCCAUAUCCACCCCAUGCAUAUCCACCUCCUCCAACAUCUACUGUACCUACUUCUGAACAUCAAGGUGGUUAUCAAUAUGCUUCACCUCAGCAUUAUCAACAUUCCUGGCCAGAAAGGCCUUUGGAGAGCCAACCAUCCAAAGUUCAUGACUCUCUCCAUCGCCAGGAUAGUGUUUCAUCUCUUAGUAGUUCUGGGGCAAGCUAUGAUUAUGGUAAAGAUGACUCCUCCACUCGCCCUUCAGCUUAUCCACCAAUACAUGAUCUCGUUGCAAAUAUGAAUUUGUCUGAAAAUCACCCUUCACAUGCUUCUCCUCCUGCCCCUGCAUCAGCAUCAGUUCCUAGUUCCCCUGCAACUUAUCACUUGGGGCCGAACCCUGCUCCCGCAAACUACAAUGCUCAAGGGAAUAUUUAUGGACACCCUAAUUCAUCCUUUUCAAGGUGGGAAGAUGAGUCUGCAAAACCAACCUAUACAACUUCAUGUGCUGAACCACAGAAUACUCAAGCUAUGCAGGUUGUGCCAUUCAUGCCUUCUAAAAGCUCUUUAAAAGUUUUGCUCUUACAUGGAAAUCUGGAAAUUUGGGUAUGCGAAGCAAAAAAUCUCCCAAACAUGGACAUGUUCCACAAAACCAUUGGGGAUAUGUUUGGGCAAAUGAGUAAUAAGAUCACAAGUGAUCCAUACGUCUCAAUUAAUGUAGCUGAUGCAACGAUUGGCCGGACUUAUGUCAUAAACAAUAACGAAAAUCCUGUGUGGAUGCAACAUUUUAAUGUCCCUGUUGCACACUAUGCAGCGGAAGUACAAUUUCUUGUCAAGGAUGAUGAUAUAGUAGGUUCUCAGCUUAUGGGGACAGUGGCUGUCCCACUAGAACAGAUAUAUGGAGGGGGUAAAGUAGAGGGGUUCUUUCCGAUCCUGAACAGUAGUGGAAGACCUUGCAAGGCUGGAGCAGUUUUGAGGAUAUCAGUCCAAUAUUAUCCCAUGGAUAAGUUAAGUAUUUACCAUCAUGGAGUUGGUGCUGGUCCUGAAUAUUAUGGGGUUCCUGGAACUUAUUUUCCACUGCGGGUGGGUGGAACAGUUACUCUGUAUCAAGAUGCUCAUGUGACUGAUGGAUGCCUUCCAAAUUUGAUGCUUGACUAUGGAAUGCAAUAUGUACAUGGAAAGUGUUGGCGUGACAUCUUUGACGCCAUACGCCAAGCCAGGCGGUUGAUCUACAUUACAGGUUGGUCAGUAUGGCACAAAGUCAAGCUUGUUCGAGAUGAUGCUUCUGUUGAAGGUUACACUCUAGGGGAUCUUUUAAAGUUGAAGUCACAAGAAGGUGUUAGGGUGCUGCUUCUAAUAUGGGAUGACCCUACAUCAAGAAGCAUCCUUGGCUAUAAAACGGAUGGUGUUAUGGCAACCCAUGAUGAAGAGACUCGCAGUUUUUUCAAGCAUUCUUCCGUGAAAGUGCUGCUUUGUCCUCGAGUAGCAGGGAAGCGUCACAGUUGGGUCAAGCAGAGGGAAGUUGGAGUAAUUUAUACACAUCAUCAAAAAACUGUGAUAGUGGAUGCUGAUGCUGGCAACAAUCGAAGAAAAAUCACAGCAUUUGUUGGAGGACUUGACUUGUGUGAUGGGAGAUAUGAUACUCCGGAGCAUCCUUUAUUUCGAACACUGCAGACAGUGCACUCUGAGGACUAUCAUAACCCUACUUAUGCUAGUGUAGCUGGUUGUCCAAGAGAACCAUGGCAUGACUUGCACUCUAAAAUUGAUGGUCCAGCAGCAUAUGAUGUUCUCACAAACUUUGAGGAGCGCUGGUUGAAGACUUCAAAGCCUCAUGGCAUUAGAAAGUUGAAGACGUCAUUUGAUGAUGAUUUGCUCCGAAUUGAAAGAAUGCCUGAAAUUGUCGGUAUUUCUGAUGCUCCAUCUGUGAGCGGUGAUGAUCCUAACGGUUGGCAUGUACAGAUAUUCCGUUCAAUUGACUCAAACUCGGUCAAAGGCUUUCCAAAGGAUCCUAAAGAAGCUACAAUGAAGAACUUGGUGUGUGGUAAAAAUGUACUUAUUGACAUGAGCAUACACACAGCAUAUGUGAAGGCCAUUCGUGCUGCACAACACUUCAUUUACAUCGAAAAUCAAUAUUUCAUUGGUUCUUCAUACAACUGGAGUCAACAUAAAGAUGUUGGUGCAAAUAAUCUGAUUCCCAUGGAAAUUGCACUUAAAAUAGCUGAAAAGAUAAGAGCGCAUGAGAGGUUUGCAGCAUACAUUGUCCUCCCAAUGUGGCCAGAGGGUAAUCCAACUGGGGCUGCUACACAAAGAAUACUUUAUUGGCAGAACAAGACAAUGCAAAUGAUGUAUGAGACUAUUUACAAGGCUUUAGAGGAGGUUGGGCUUGAGAACUCAUGCUCUCCGCAAGAUUAUUUGAACUUUUACUGUCUUGGUAACCGUGAGGCUGGUAAAGUUGAGGGGAAGGAGAGUCCUAGCGCAGCAAACACUCCUCAGGCGUUCAGCCGAAAAUCCCGUAGAUUCAUGAUUUAUGUUCAUUCUAAAGGCAUGAUUGUGGAUGAUGAGUAUGUGAUAUUGGGAUCUGCAAACAUCAACCAGCGCUCUCUGGAGGGCACUAGAGACACCGAGAUCGCAAUGGGAGCAUAUCAACCUCAUCAUACAUGGGCAAGAAAACAUUCAACACCCUAUGGACAGAUUCAUGGAUAUAGAAUGUCUCUGUGGGCGGAGCAUCUUGGAGUUGUUGAGGAUUGCUUCAGACAGCCGGAGUCAUUAGAAUGUGUAAGACGGGUUAGGUCCAUGGGUGAAUUUAACUGGAAGCAAUUUGCAUCUGAUGAAGUAACAGAAAUGAGAGGGCACCUCUUAAAAUACCCAGUUGAAGUUGGUCGCGAAGGCAAGGUGAAGAAUCUUCCGGGAUGUGUAAAUUUCCCAGAUGUUGGUGGAAACAUAAUAGGAUCAUUUUUGGCAAUUCAAGAAAAUCUUACCAUUUGAUUUCCUAUUUUUUUUCUUUACAUCAUUCGUAGAGAUUUUUGAACCCAGAAAAAACUAAUACAUCCUUGAUUGGUAUCUACAGCAGUUUUCGAUCCAUUCAAUAGAGUUAACAGUUAGGCAGAGGAAGAUGGUGACCGCGUUGAGUACAGUAGAAGUUGUACAGUUUGUUCUAUUAUUUUUUGAUGAUUUUGAGUGUACAAGUUUACAACAAUUUCUGAAUUUUGGCCAUACAUUGAGCUAUUAAUCUGAGGAAAUAAAAGGUGGCUCUAUUUUUUGUUGUUGUUGUUGUA